AGCCCAGUCCAAAAAGGGGGAGAAGGGAAAGAACGCUGAGGUCAAAGCCAAAACCAAGGCCAAGGCCAAGGUCAAGGUGAACGUCCCCAAGCGUGCGGCAAUCGUGCUGACGGCGGUGGACGGAGCAAAGAUCAGCGUGGCGGAUGCCCUAGCGAAGGUCCGAAACCAGAUAGACCUUCGCAGCAUGGGCAUCACCUCGCUGCGUCCCAGGAGGGCUCUCACCGGGGCCAUCAUGUACGAGGUCCCCGGUGAGCAGAGCCAAGAGGGGGCUGAAAGGCUGGAGUCCAGACUCCGGGAGAUACUCAACCCGGAGGAGGUCAAGGUCUCCAGGCCUAUCAAGACCGCCGAACUCCGCCUGUCCGGGCUGGACGACCUGACAGACGUCCAGGAUGUGGCGGAGGCGAUGGCCAGGGUCGGGGGGUGCGCCGCCCUGGAAGUUCAGGUAGGAACUAUACGGCGCCCGCGAAAUGGGCUGGGCUCGGUAUGGCUCCGGUGCCCGGCCGCUGCGGCGCGAAAACUGGCGCAGGCGGGUAGUGUUCAGGUGGGCUGGGUCAUGGCCAGGGUUGAGGCCCUGAGACCCAGGCCCGCCCAAUGUUACAGGUGCCUAAGAGCGGGGCACACAAUAGGGAGCUGCGACUCGCCCGUGGACAGGAGCAACCUUUGUUACAGGUGCGGGCAAUCUGGACACGUGGCGAGUCGGUGCGAGGAGGCCCUCAGGUGCCCCGUCUGCGCCGACUUGGGCAGACCGGCGGAACACCGCUUCGGCGGUCCUGCAUGCACCCCGCCCCCUCCGGCCAAAAAGGUGGCCGCGAAUAAGGCGGAGAGUAGAAAGGCGACGGCGGGGCCUAGUACCGCCCCACAAGUCAACGCGGAAGGAGGUAGCCUGGAGGAGGCGAUGGAGAUGGAGCUGUAA